UUACUCUGUCACCUCUAUAUUUAUUUACCUGCAAUUUAUCGAGGCACUCGUAAACAAGAGAGAAGAGAAACAAAAACAACUUAUUAUUCCACAUGACGAACGACGAUCAUCUUCAUCACCCUGAAGAAAAAAUCCCCCUCCGAUCAAACUCAACAUGUCUGGAUAACCCAAGCCCGGAAUUCGACUUCCGAUUCCGACAGAACUCGAAACAACGAUUCUCUCACGCCGACGAGCUCUUCUCCGACGGCAAAAUCCUCCCUCUCGCUCUCGGCUUCACCAGUAACGUCAGCGCUAAUCCCGGCAAGAACACUCUCAAAACCCAGAUUGAUUCCGGCGAGAAGUGUCUCCGACAGCAUUCUGACGCAGAGAAUCUGAAUUCCGGAUGUGGGUUUUGGCUUACGAGGAGUAAAUCUGUUGGGUACUGUCUGAGGAAGAAGAAGGGCGAAUCUUUGACGUUCUUGUCGGAUUAUGGAAACGCUGAUGCGAAGAAGAAGAAGAAGAGUUUGCAGAAGAUGAGUUCUACCGAGAAGGCUUCGACAAUGCUAAGCAAUUACUCGUUAACUGUUCCUUUGGCAGACAUAUUUUGCUUCGGUUCUGGUUUUUCCGGUCCCAAAGGUCGCAGAAAAUGAAAGCGAAGGGUCUUCAUGAUUCGCAUUUUUCAAGUUCUGCUGCGAAUGGAUUUUUUUAGAAGUUAAUUAUCGCUGAAAAAAAAAGGAGAAUCCAAGUCCAGUUUGUAAUAUCCAAUGUGACAUCGAAUUAUAAAUAUGGAAUUUGUAUAAAGUUAUAGUGAUACAAAAUUGAUUAGUGAUCAAUAAUUUCAGACGCAAAAUCUUUAAUCCGUGUAGUUUCUCUGGGGAUUUGCUGUUUU